AUGAGUUCUUUCAGCAAGGAGGAUGCUGCUAUGUUUGCUCCUCUCGGUUCUGCUGUUCAACAAACACAACUCAAAGCAAAUCCAGUAAAGCCUCCCAUAAAUGAAAUUAGGGAUCAGCGUAAACAAACCGAGGAACAAAGAAUCGCUUCAUUACGAAUUGAGGAAGAUCUCAUCGAUUUAUCAACAUUAUCAUCUUCAAAAGAUAAAAGUGCAAAGAGUGUUGGAGGAAAGAAUAUGGAGGGUACUUCAGAAGUAAUGAAACAAGAAUGUGACAAAAAACAACAAACAAUGUUAUCAACACUUGUUGAAAAGAAAAAAGAAUUACAGAAACAAAAAGAGGCAAUCGAGAAAUUGAAUUAUGAACUGCAACAAUUAGACAUUCCUGUAACAAAAGAGAUUGAAACUCUCCGAACUAAAAUCGAUUCCAUAGAUCGUGAAUUGACGAGGGCUACGAAAAUUCGAAAACAGAAAGAAAUGGAACUCUUACAAGCGAUCAACACGGUGAGUGAGCUGGCUGACGAAAAAUGUGCAUUGACAGAAAGAUUGCGAUCGUUAAUGUACAGUUUCGAAGCAACGAAAAAGAAGAAAUUGGAAGAACUUGAAGGUGAAUUAUCAAAGUUGAAAGUGUAA